UCCAGCCAAUGAGAAGAGAGGGCAGCAGAUUUGGAUUCGCAGCCGAGUCACUGUUGUUUGAGCCUCAGUUUGUGAAACGUCUCGACUUAAAAAAAAAAAAACCGGGUUUUCUUUCAUGAAAAACACGAACUACUUCAAACGAGCCCACGCGUGAAUUAAAGAAAACGAUGCCUUUAACAACGAGGAGAAAGGCGACGACAGGAAGCAGGAUUCCUAAACUCAACUCCACGGAAAACAAGGAGGAAGGUCCACAGGUGAAAAGAUCGUCCUCUCCUCCUAAAGGAGCUCCUAAGAAAAGGACCGCUUUCAUCGACAUCACUAAUGCCGUCGCUCUGUGUUUGUCAGAAUGUCCGUCCAACAGUGACGGCGACGUCAGGACAGCUCAUAAAGUUCAGAUCAGCCUCCCAGGGAGGAGAAAAGAAGCUUCAAAGAAAACCAGCUCAACUGUGAAGAAACAAUCCAACGUGAAAAAGUCUCUGUCUGUGAGCUCGGAGGGAACCACUGCGGACAAGGAGGGGAGCGAUGAAGAGCACAAACUCUGUGAGGAAGAGCCGCAGGGGGAUGGAGCAGCCCCAGUAGAAGAGCUGGUGGCUGCGGCGCCCCCUGCUGUCUGUGAAGUGCCAGCACACCUCAAGAGACAAGAGAUCCCAGCAGAGUUUGACAUCGACUCUGAAAACUCUGAGGACAGUUACAUGUGUCCCGAGUACGCCAAGGACAUCUUUGACUACCUGAAACAGAGAGAAGAGAAGUUUGUUCUGUCCAACUACAUGUGUAAGCAACCCACCCUCAACCCUGAGAUGAGAGCCAUACUCAUCGACUGGUUAGUGGAAGUACAGGAGAACUUUGAGCUGUACCACGAGACGCUCUACCUGGCCGUGAAGAUGACCGACCACUUCCUGUCGCACACGCCCGUCCACAGAGAGAUGCUGCAGCUCGUGGGCUCCACGGCCAUGCUCAUCGCCUCCAAGUUUGAGGAGCGCAGUCCGCCGUGUCUCGACGACUUCCUGUACAUUUGCGACGACGCGUACAAGAGGGAGGAGCUUAUCUCCAUGGAGGCCAGCAUCCUGCAGGCGCUGUCUUUUGACAUAAACAUUCCCAUUCCAUAUCGCUUCCUACGGCGCUACGCUAAGUGUGUGAACGCGGGCAUGGACACUCUGACUCUGGCCCGGUUCUUCUGUGAGAUGAGUCUGAUGGACAUGAACCUGGUUGCAGAGCGAGGCUCUUUGCUGGCGUCGUCCUGCCUGCUGAUGGCGCUGGUCACUAAAAACCUGGGAGGAUGGUCUCCGAUCCUGCAGUUUCACUCUGGAUACCAGACCUCAGAUUUAGUCCCAGUGGUCAGGAAAGUGUACGAGAUGAUGGAGGCUCCUCCUGACGACAAGCUGAGAGCCGUCAGGAACAAAUACUCUCACAAGGUGUUUUUUGAAGUGGCGUCUCUGCCGUUGGUCAGCGUGGACGUCUUGGACAGAGUUUUGCUUUAGUGAGACGUCGUCGUCCUCAAAACCGAUGAUUGUGUUGUGUAAAUAUUGUGUUAAUAUGUUAAUAUUUAUACAUGUAGUCGAUGUGUCUUUUAUAUGUUUGACAUAAACGUUUGUUUCCUGGUUUUGAUGGAAAAGAAUUUUAAUGUGGGCAUUUUAAAAGUGUGCCAGUCUUUUAUGUUUGUACCAGGUUAAUAAUAUUUUUAAAAUGUUACAUUUAACUCUGUUUAUUUUACAACUUUUUUGUAUGAAAGUUAAAAAAAAAAGAGCAUUUUGUGAGCCCGUUCAGUCAGAAAGUGACUUUUAAAACUGAAGCGUUUGGUUCAUGUUAGUUUUCACUGAUGAAUUAUGGACUGGUCCACACAGGUUUCACUUAGUGUGUGUGUGUGUGUACAGUGUUUAUCAUGUUUCGAUCAUUAUUUGUAUAAAGGAUGACCUGUGCUAUUUUUAAAUAGCUGUCAUACGUUCUCUUAAAAUAAAGAUGUGUUUUAUAUUUCA